AUGAACUUCAAAUCUGAUAUUAUCAUGAUGGCAGGAAAUGCCAACGCCAAGCAAAAUGCUCUGAUAGAAGAAAAGCGAAGGAGUGCCAAAGAAAAACGAGCAAAAGAAGAACAAGCGAAGAAAGCUCUUGGAGAAAAUGAAGCGGAAGUAAAUUUGGAAAAUCUACUGGCAGAAAAAGACCAAAAAGAAGCGGAGGCGAUAAAACGACUUGAAAAUGAGAGAGUCCUCCGAAUCAACAGAUUAAUGGAAGAGAAGAAUGUCAAUCAAUAG